AUGGAUGUGAGACAUGGAAUGUCACGCUUGCUGAAGGACGGAAUGAAUGGAUGGAAUGCACGAAGAGAUGGGCUGGUUUCACAUGCCGUAGAUGACAGACAACAGAUGGACGAAGCGGAUAAUGGAAUGGCACUCACGCAUGGUCAAGCGAACACUGGGGAGGCCACCAGUGAAGUGGAGAGACCCAAUGGUACGCCUGUACAGUAUUACGUGAUCUCGGACAGCGCAACAACGAGGUGA